UAGUCGUGUGUGGGGGUAGACUGCUUCCUGGAGCAAAUCCUUGCGUCCCACAAUGCUCGUACUCAUUCCAGCAAAUAGACGACCCCCACUGCUUGGCCAGGCUAUUGCCACUGCUAGCUAGUAUAAACACGACACCAUGUGCUUGCUGUAGAUAUACACAUUGAGAUAUUUUAACGCGACUCACACGACGACACUCUGCGUGAUAACUACUUAAUAAGGCACACGAACAUAAAAGGAUUACAAUAAGUGAUACAAAAGCAAAACAACUGUAAUUUUAAAGUAAACUUACAGGCAUCUCGCAGUCGUCGUAUACGUGGUCUUCGUGGAUGCAGUACCUGGGAGGAGCUGUAUCACUGAGCUGUUGUCACGAUAAUUUCAAAAACAUUGUAAACUGGUCAAACUGGCAGAUAAACGGGUCUAGUGGUUUAAUUAUUAAUUUUAAAUACACACAAUGAGCACUUGAAGUUUAUUGUAUGCCAAUACAAGACUCAUAUUACUAUGGCAACUUAGCCACCACAUAAGUAGUUUUUUUUAAUUAGUAUGAAUAUAAAUGUUAUAAGGCACCACGGGCAGCUCGCCUGUUUAUAGUAAAAGACGCCAAAUAAACACAACUAGUGUUUUCAUCUCCAAAACUACGUGACCCACAAUGCAACGCAUUACGUCACUGCUGUCCGCACUGUUCCGCUGCCAGCAGCCCAGACCACCUCAGACAGCUGAGGAUCCAAAAGAAGACAGCCCAUUUAUUGACCCUUCUAUUCUGCGUGUACAAUGGCGAAGACAUAUGAUUAUCUUUUUAAGUUGUUGCUUAUCGGUGACAGCGGUGUUGGCAAAACGUGUCUUCUGUUCAGAUUCAGCGAAGACUCUUUCAAUACCACCUUCAUAUCCACCAUAGGAAUAGACUUUAAAAUUCGGACAAUAGAACUGGAUGGAAAGAGAGUCAAACUUCAAAUUUGGGAUACUGCAGGCCAGGAGAGGUUUCGCACCAUCACCACAGCUUACUACAGAGGAGCGAUGGGAAUUAUGCUCGUCUAUGAUAUCUCCAGUGAAAAGUCAUUUGAAAACAUAAAAAAUUGGAUCAGAAAUAUAGAAGAGCAUGCCUCAUCAGAUGUUGAGAAAAUGAUCCUGGGUAACAAAUGUGACAUGGCCGACAGGCGACAGGUGUCCAAAGACAGAGGUGAAAAACUGGCUAUUGAUUAUGGUGUUAAGUUUUUGGAAACCAGUGCAAAGACCAGUCUAAACGUAGAGGAGGCCUUUUAUAGCAUGGGGAGAGACAUACUGCACAAUCUCAGCUCAAAGACAACAGACAACAAUGGUGGAACAUCGGGCAAACCGAUCAAGAUCACUGAGAAAAAGUCCAAGAGGAUCAAGUUCUUGAAGUGUUCCGUCCUGUAGAUGACUCACUAAAGUGCGUACUCCCCUUUGCUCAUUUGGAGACGGAAGCGGGGGGGCCUUGCUUCCCUUUAUGUCAUGUUACGGAUGGGGGCGGGGGCUUGCUGCCGGCUGGAGCCCACAGGUUCACGAGAAGUCCGUUCCAACUUGAAGAUGCUCCACGAGGAACCAGGCAUGAACCGGUGCUGAUCAGCCGUGCUUAGUUUGUAGCUAGCUGAGGCCUCAGAGGAGUCUCCUUUUUUUGUGUUCUAUAAUACCUCAGUUAUUCCUCAGUAUUCAGUAUCUCAGUAAACCAUCGUGUUCUUAUUGUACAUGUCCAACAAUGACACUUUGUAGCACUAUUUUAUACCUUGUGCCAAACUGACCACGAGGACGAGACCCGCAUAUGAAGUCUCUGCAUUGAUUGUAUUUGUGAGUGUAAAUUCAUGUACAUUGACGGCAUUAGAAUAGACAAUAUGUAUAAAGUCAACCUCCUUUUUUUGUAAUUCGUUUAUUCAUCACUGCCAAGACAGAGCAGAGCUAAGAAAUAAGAUGCAGUGAAUUCAUAGUGUGAUGAUGCCAUUGUGAGUAUUUGCAUGAAAGCUGUUGGAUGGAAUAUAAGCACAUUGUACGCUACCUAGAGAGAAGACAGUUUACAGUCUGUAUAUGAAAGUGAUUGUUGAGUAAGUGUGUUGGACGUUCAUGUCAUGGUGCAAUAGUAUUGACAUUCAGAGGGUUUUCUUCACAUUAAAAGACAGGGA